GAAGAUCUUCAGCUGCACAGGCCCAGAAGGCAAGAUCAGCGACAUCAUCGCCAUGAAAAAGUGCCCUGGAGAGCGGCUUUGCGAGUUCGUAGCUGCAAAGUUCUACGCGAAUCAGAUGCAGCAGCUGAAUUGUGCUUUGGAAGAGGUUGGUCAUUGCCUGGCCCAGUUUCAUUACCGCUAUGGCAAUGAACAACAUGGGGACUUCCAGCCGUCCAACAUUUACUAUGAGGAGAAGACCAAAGUCGUGACCUUUAUUGAUGUUGGCGGCAUGGGUGUGCCCACCAUGGGCACGGACGUGGAUCAUUUUCAUCAGUGUGUUCGAGCGAUGACGGCCAGCUACCAGGUCAAUUUGCAUGCAGAGCUGCUGAGGGCCUUUGACAAGGGAUAUCAGUCUGCCUCUCCUGACUCCAAGAGGGUCAUUUCCGUGCACUUCGAUGAUCCGAAGCUGCCGACGGACGGGUGCCACGGGUGCCCGCAUGCGUUGCUGUAAUCCUGUGAGCCUAGUUUAGCAAGACCCCUCCAAGCAUCCGCAUUUUUGACCGC